GGGGAGGAGACAAGCGGCAGAAAGAUGGCGGCGGGCAGAUGAUGGCCGAGCUGGAGCUGGGUGUGGGGAUUGUGCGGCUGUGAUCGCGGUAGCGUGCGUCAUGUGUCGGUAGUAGAAGAAAAGAAGAAGGAGGAGGAGGAGGGGAAGGAAUAAAGAGGCGACGAGGAAGGAAACGUCGAGCAAAGUGGUGCGAUGGAAGACGUUAACUCGAACGUCAGUGCCGACCUGGAAGUACGGAAGCUGCAGGAGUUGGUUCGCAAACUCGAGAAGCAGAACGAACAGCUGAGGACCCGCUCCACCAUCCUGAGCCCCAAGCACACGGCGCCGGCCCCCGCACCCCCACCCCCACCCCCACCCGCCCCGGCCGGCGGCAAUUCGUGGCAGCCCCUCCUCGCCUGCUGCCCCAGCCCGGCCCAGAAUCUGGAAGGGGAGGCGUUGUCGCACCUCACGCAGCGGGGAGGAGCCGUGACCCAGUCGCCGGGAUCUUGCGGCCUCUCGGGCUCGCUUGGCUGGGAGAGCCCCGAGCAGGCAGAGCGUACACUGCUGGAUGAGGUGGCGACGUUGGAUCUGGAGACAAUGGGUCUGCAGGAUGAGAGUGAGCAGGAGGAGGACAGCUGGUUAUACACAUCACCAAAGAGGUUACCAACUCCAGUUCAAAAAGCUUUUAGCCCCUUACAAUGGUGCAGACAGGUGUUGGAUCAUCCAAGCUCAGAUAUUGAAACAGCAAAAAGGUCAUUGUUGCACAGACUUGAUCAAACAAUGGCAGAUUGCAAAAGACGCAGCCUCUUCGGUAGCUCAUAUUAUCCUGCAAAUUACCCAAGUCCUUUCAGUCCAAGUGGAAGCAGCAGUCCUUUUGGCAGUGGCUUCAGUUCCCCGUCCUCCACUCCAGUCCGAUCUGUUUCACAUGUGAAACAGUUGAUGAUGCCUGGGACUGCAGGUCACUUUAAAGGUUCCAUAGACCAAAAUCCCCUCCUUAGCCCUCCAUCAUCUGUGGACAGUGAGCUAAGUGCUUCUGAAGUAGAUGAAGACUCAUUGGGAUCUGGCUACAAACUUGCUGAUGUCACGGAUGUGCAAAUCCUAGCUCGUAUGCAGGAAGAGAGUCUCAGACAGGAGUAUGCAGCUAGUACCUCAAGACGUAGUUCUGGUUCCUCUUGUCAUUCAACAAGACGAGGUACAUUCAGUGAUCAGGAGUUUGACGUUCAGAGUCUAGAAGACGAAGAAGAAUGCGUUCCUCAUGCUGUGCACCCUCCUCUGAACCGUUUCACUCCAUCUCCACGGCACACCCCUCGAGCUUCACCCAGACAUUCACCUAGGAAUUCUCCACGCUCUCGCUCUCCUGCUCGCAGUCUGGAUUAUGGGAGGGCAUCUGUCUCGCCACAGCCCAUGAUCAGUCGUCUGCAACAACCUCGUCUCUCUCUGCAAGGCCAUGCGUCAGACCUCCAAUGUAAUAUUAUAAAAAAUGAAGAAAAGUUGAGACGCAGUCUUCCAAAUCUAUCCAGGGCAUCUAAUAUCCAGUCGUCAGAAUCUGUUAAAAACAGUAGAAGUUGUGACUCAAAUUUACAAGUGCCAAAUGGGGGAGUACCCCGUAUUCAGCAACAAGCUUCCGCUAUACCUUCUCCAUGUAAGCUCAGACUUCCUUCCACACCAUCACCUUUAACUCUUCGACAACCACUGAAAGCAAUGGUCAAUCCAGCGCCUGUCUCUACAGGCUCUACAUCUAGUCAUAAUAGUUCUGCAACUGGGCCUUCUGCUCAGUCUCUCAGCUCACCAAGUCACAGUGCUGCAGGUGGCACCCCACCAAAUAAAGGUCCAGGUGUGGGGAUUCGAAGUGGCUUACCACGACCUAGUGCCUCAGCUGGAGGGGGAAUACCAGUGCCUCGGAGUAAGCUUGCACAGCCUGUUAGAAGAUCAUUGCCAGUUCCGAAGACCUAUGGCAACAUUAGAGAUGAAAGCUGGAAAGAUGGUUGUUAUUGAAUUAAUUACACAGAACAGUCUGAAGCUCACUCCACUACCGUUCCUGGAACAAAAGGACUUUAAUAGACUGUUCAUAGAAAUAUAUAGCAGGAUUUGCGAAAAUCCAGUUCUCUGCCAUAAAUCAGCACAAGUUGGUGGAGAUCAUGGAGUAGCACUUUAUUGACAUUAAACAUCAGUUUUUACAUCAGUUUUUUCAUACGUACAAUCAGUUUUUCCAUGACUAUGUCCAUCGUUUUGAUGCUAGUGAGCAAAUGACAUUGUCAUUCAAGAUGUAAUAAAAGUCUGGACACAAUCCCAAAAAAUGCCAAAGAUAAAGCUUACAACAACCAGUGGUAGGGAAAAAUGGAUAAUUAACAUUGUUGAGACUUUAGAAUGAUUAAGUAAAGGAGACUAUUUGUGGAAGCCUGUUUUGUACAAUCAGAUAUAGCAGUGGCAGAUUUUGUAUUCAGGAAGGGAAAGAAGGCACAAUUCCAGUAUCAUGAAGAGCAGAUCUACAGUCAUAGCAAUGCAUAGCCCAGUGUACCAAAAAGCAUCUCAUUUGUAGUUGUGACCACCUUCAGUGGUAUGUAUUCAAAUUGCACAGCCUUUGAACUUUGAGUGAAACUUUGUGAGGAAAAUGUGUAAUUUUAAUUUGUAGCAAUUUGCAAUAAUAUCCCAAUGAUAAAGGUUCAUAUUGUUAAUUUCACCCUAAAACGUUUAAAAUUCAACCAAUAGUUAUUAUAAAAGUUGGCAUGUAUUAGCAAGGUGACUUAUGAUCUGUUGGUGAUCACUGGAGUUGUUCUGUUGUACAUUGCAACUGACUGAAAUUUUCAACCCAUUGCUAGUGAGAAAAGGCAUGUUGUAACCUGAAUGGUGCUUUGUACAGACAAAAUUCUGUGGAUAAGUGGCUAAGUUGAGUAUAUAUUGUAAGUGAGACACUUUGUUUAAGUCUUUGCCCACACUAAAACUAUCAGUCCAUCAAAGUGAACACAUUUUAGUGGGCAUAACUAUUUCAGUAUCCAUUUUUAUGGUUGACUUUUAUUUUAAAUUGCCAAAGGGCUUGGUGUUAAGCAGGUUUUACACAAUUGCUUUUGUCAAAUUGUAAAGCACUGGCUCAGGAAAGAGUGGUGUUAAUGUGCAGCCAGGUUUUCAGCAUGCAGCACAUAAUAGGACUUGUUCACUUUUAUGAUUUGUGUUUCUUUAUAAGGUAUGUAGUGAAAACUUAGUCCAUUCAAUUGUAAUCUGAUCAUACCACAGUGCUUACAAAACUGCAACAUAAUUCUAUCUAAACUAUGCACUGGUAUCCUGUUACAUAAAUACACUUGCUUGGAGCUGUUCCAUAAAUACUGAAGACUGGUAGGUACUAUAUUCAGUAAUUAGCAUUUCAAGAUGUCACUACGUGUGUGUUCUUAUGAAAAAUUGAGUUUACAUUUAAAUAUAUUUGCAUACUACUGCAGGGAGUUGUAUGAUUAUUUUGAGUGAUGCCAUGAAAUAAUUUGAUUUGACCUUCACAUAGUUAAUCACCAGAGACCAAUGUUUAAUUACUUCAAAAAGAAUAUUUCUUGAUUCAUGUUUAGGAAGCAGUCCAUGCAAUUUCAGAAGAAAGCAUUCUUUCCAAAUGCCCAUAUUUCUGGUAUUGGAGCCUUCGUAAAUAAACAGUGGUGUGUCUUCAUGUAUAACUAAUGGUGUGAUAGAUGUGAGGUGAUUGAGCUGGCCGGAGGUAUGGAAAAUGUCAGAGUUAGGGGUGGACAAACAGUGAGUGGGUGAGAUGGAUGUGGAGUGACAGAUGAGCAUAGAGUAAGUGGGGUGAUCAGUCUACAUAGAUGAACACAAGUUACAUGUGAUUAGAUUUGCUGUUAAUGUGUGGAGUGGACCUGUACCAUGUGCAAAUAAUGAAUUAGUUAAAUGAUUUUGUUUCUGUUUACCCAUCUGACCAGGUGAAGUAACCUGUUGUCUCAAUUUUACAUUUGGCAAAAACUGAAACUCUCAUUAGAACAUAAUUGUGUGUUGCAGGCAAAAAAUUUGAAUGUAAUGCUAUAAACUAUUAUUUGGGUUUUUUCACAGGCAAUUUUUAAAGAUUCUCCUCCUGUUGAGAAGUUGCCUAAACAAGAGAAUUGUAUUUAUUUUAUUGAGUUAUCUUUCACUAUCUUUCACUAUCUUAAAAGUCAUCAAGAGAAUAAGCAGUUUAAUUUCAGAAUUUUGGUUUUAUACAGGUGACUUGUUUUUUUGGGGGGGGAUGUGCAUGUUGUUAACUAAACAAUCUUAGAAUGGUGGAUGUUUGGUUUAGUCCUCUCUACAGGAGGGGUAUGAUGCUUGAAUACAAUGAAGAUUAAAGACAAGGAAACUUCUAAGCAGGAUCCUGUGGGCAGCAGGAGGGAGUGAUGGAACCCACAAUUGCAUUCUAAGUUAUGAAAUUCCUUUUGUGUAAUGACAGUGAACACUGACAGUAAACUAUAGUGGGAUCCUUUUGGUAUUUAAACUUUUUUUUAAAGAAACAUGCUUUAUACACAGACACUUGCACACUGCAGUACUGCGACAGUUGGACAAAAAUGAAACCUUACUGUAACCUUAAGAAUAAAUUGAUGAAUAAAGUUAAAAGCAUUUGUUACUCCACAGUGAUAUUGUUAACAGUAGAGGAAACUAUCAAAAAUUUGACACUCAAACAGCAUUGAGCUCAUGCUGUGGGCAAAAUAAACUUGCUUACACCGAAAAGUGUGAAUUAAUUUUAUAUUAAAAAAAAUAGUGCCUAUAAUUUAAAUUUAUUUUUGAGGUUAUUAUAAUUUUGUUUGUUGAAUGUGGGUUAAUUUUUGUGCCAAUAUCUUGGAGUAAAUGAUACUCAGUGUAAAUAAAUGGUCAUGUAUUGCUUUCAAUAUUUAAUUUUUUGCUUUGCCAUGUAACUUUUGUAAAUGUUAAUGAACUUGUUUUAAAAAAUAUGCAAGAAUCACCUUGUUUUAAAAAAAAAUAAAGUUCUUGAUAAUGG